UCACCAGGCACGACUGUGGGCUCCGAGUCAACUGGCAUGACCGCUGGCACUGGGUCAGACAUUGGAUCGUCUGGCUGGACAGCGGGCAUCGGGUCACCAGGCAUCAGGUCAUUUGGCUUGACAGCGGGCACCGCGUCAUCUGGCAAGGCAGUGGGCUCCGAGUCAACUGGUAUGACCGCGGGCACUGGGUCAGACAUUGGAUCGUCUGGCUGGACAGCGGGCAUCGGGUCACCAGGCAUCAAGUCAUUUGGCUCGACAGCGAGCACCGCGUCAUCUGGCAAGGCAGUGGGCUCCGAGUCAACAGGCACGACAGUGGGCACCGGGUCAUCAAGUACCGGAUUGUCUGGCUCGACAGCGGGCAUCGGGUCACCAGGCAUCAGGUCAUUUGGCUUGCCAGCGGGCACCGCGUCAUCUGGCAAGGCAGUGGGCACCGGGUCACCAGGCAUUGGAUCGUCUGGCUGGAUCAGUUCAUCAUGCUGGGUAGAGGCUUCAGGCCGAGUAGAGGCUUCAGGCCGAGUAGAGGCUUCAGGCCGAGUAGAGGCUUCAGGCCGAGUAGAGGCUUCAGGCUGAAC